AUGGCAGGCUCCAAGAAACCCGUCAAUAUCUUUCGUCUUCGAAAUCUGGGCGACCCCAAGGAGGUCUUCAACUGGAAGCUGUGGUUCGCAGUGGUGUCCUUCGGGCUGAUGGGGGCAGCCCGCGGCGUGGACGAGGGCCUGAUCUCGGGCGCGUUCAACUCCAAGGACUUCCAGCGCACCAUCCAUCUGAAGUCAUACAGCGCCGUGGAGCAGACCAAUAUCAAGGCGAAUGUAUCGGCGAUGGUGCAGAUUGGGUCGGUGGGGGGGGCUCUUUUUGCCUUCCUGGUCUGUGACCGCAUCGGCCGGCUGUGGGCUACCCGUCAACUAUGUGUGCUAUGGCUCCUGGGCAUCGCCGUCUUCAUGGGUGGCGGCGCGAAUGGCAGCCUGGGAGCGGUCUAUGCGGGACGGUUCAUCGCGGGACUGGGGGUGGGACAGACGGUGGUGGUUGGGCCGGUUUACCUGGCGGAGAUUGCUCCUGCGUCCAUCCGCGGACUGUGCACCUGCGUCUUCACCGGCUUCGUCUACCUGGGCAUUGUGCUGGCCUACUUCACCAACUACGGCUGUCAGGUGCACAUGGGCGACAACACGCACAAGCGAUGGGAAGUGCCCACGAGUCUGCACAUCAUCUUCGCGGGCCUGAUCUUCCUCCUCUCCUUCCUGCAGUACGAGUCCCCGCGCUUCCUGGUCAAGAAGGGUAAGCCGGAAGAAGCCCUGACCAACCUGUGCCGCAUCCGUGGCCUCGGCCCCGACCACGACUACGUGCUGCAGGAGUUCACGGGCAUCCAGAGCGCGCACCAGGCCGAGAUGGAGGCGACGAUGGGAGCAGGCUGGCGGGGGAUUAUCAAGGAGGCGAUCAUGGUGCCGAGCAACCUGUACCGCCUGUAUCUGGCGGCGAUGGCGCAGCUGCUCUCGCAGUGGUCCGGGGCGGGAUCGAUCACGCUCUACGCGCCGGACCUGUUCAGUCUGCUAGGCAUCACCGGGUCCAACGAGUCUCUGCUCGUGACGGGGGUCUUUGGCAUCAUCAAGCUCAUUGCCGCCGUGAUCUGCGCGCUGUUCCUGGUGGACGUGAUCGGGCGCAAGCGCGCCCUUCUGCUUGGGAUCACCCUGCAAGCCAUCUCGAUGAUCUACGUCGCGGCGUUCCUCACCAGCGUGCCGGAGAUGGGCAUCGACGAUAGCUUCGUGCUCCCGGCCUCCAAGCUGGGAACCAGCCGGGGCGCCAUCGCGAUGAUCUACCUCUCGGGGGUCGGAUGGGCGCUAGGCUGGAACUCGAUGCAGUACCUGCUCACGGCGGAGCUGUUCCCGCUGCGGAUCCGGGCGCUGGCGACGUCGGUGGCGAUGACGCUGCACUUCGCGAACCAGUAUGGGAACUCGCGGGCGGUGCCGAACAUGCUGCUGGGGACGGGCGAGGGGGGCAUUACCCCGAAGGGCACGUUCUGGUUCUUCGCGGCGGUGACGGUGGUGGGCGGGGUGUGGGUGUGGUUCAGCGUGCCGGAGACGGCGGGCCGCAGCCUGGAGAGCAUGGAUCGGCUGUUUGAGCUGCCGUGGUGGAAGAUCGGACGGUAUGGCAAUCGCGAUGCGGAGGCGCGGGAUGAGGUGGUGGGGGAGAAGCAGCGGGUGGCGGAGGAGAGCUUUGGGGGGAUGGAGCAUCGCGAGAGGGUGGGUGUUUAG